AUGACAUCGACAAUAGCAACAAAAACAACUACUACAUCGGCUAAUUUAGUGUCACUGUCACGUAUUCAAACAACUAAUCCACUUUCGAAUUCCAGUGUCAAUCUUCCCUCUACACCGUUAUCGUCGUCUUCAUCCUCGUUAAGCAUGCCAAAAAUUGUAUUCAAUCCCAAAAUUUCAUUGAAUAAAUUUAAGAUUAUACCUACACCGGCUGUUUCAUUAACACCGUCAACAACAACAAUAACAACAACAGCCAAUAGUCUUGUCAAUUCAACAUCCAGUUCAUCAAAGUCUAAAAGUUAUCAAGAUUCAAUAAAUUGUAAUAGUAAUAAUAAUAACAAUAAUAUCUACAACAAAAGUAGCUCAAAUAUUUCAACAAUACCAUUACCAAGUUCUUUUACUGCCAGUACGACAACUUCUGCUGCUGCUACUACUCCGUCCACAGUACCUGUAUCUUUAUCCAUUUCUACGGUUCGACAGUUACUUUAUGGAAUUGGAGCAGAACAAUAUGUAUAUAUAUCAUAA